GGCCGCGCGGCUCAUACGUGACGUACGCCCUCGAGCUCUGGCGUCGUCGUCCGUUACUUUUUCAGCACGUCCGUCGCGAAGCUUCUCCGUCGGAACGUCACACAGAGCUGGCCCUGACAUACCAACCGGCGCCUCUUUUGUCCUGGCUGUCUGGGAUGUACGAAUGGAUAGUUGACGGCAUAUCGUCGCUGUUUGUGCCGCGUACUGGGCAGAAGUCCGCCGGCUGGCCUAGGAACGGCAGCUCGCAGCUGUCGGCGGCGGACACUCCUGACUCCCGACGCCCGGGAAAGCACAUAAGACCGGCUAAGCGGAACUACCAGAGUGUGCACUUGGCUGAUUCCAGAACCGAGUACGGCGAGAUAAAAAGAGCGAGACGAGAUGUAGUGGUCAGCAUUGUGAAGAAGACCAUCUCGGGAGUUGCUGGACUUCUGCGGUUGCAAAACCCGUUUAUGAUUCCCCGCGAAAACACUACCGCCUAUGCUGGAGACCAGGAUCCUCCUGAUGAGCCUUUGGGAGUCGAUGAAAUCCAAAGCCACAGUUUGGGCACGUGGAUAAGCUAUAUGGAGAUUGAUAUGGAGAAACCCAGUGAAGUGGGAUACAGUAGCCUCCCUCCACCUUCGGUCAGGAAACACAAUGGGACUGGGGUACUUUCAGAGAGGAUCAAAGACUGUCAGCGGUCUCUUCAGCUCCUGCCCCCCCGGCUGGUCCACAGCAGCAUGAAAUCAUCAAACUUGAAUGUUCCUGCCACUGUCCCACAAAGCCGCAACCACAGACCUUGUCUUGCUGUCGAGGAGGCUUUGAAAGAAAGUGACAAAGAGCACUACAGACGUCUCGUGCAGAUUGUUUCAGAGAUAUAUCCACCGAAUAAACCCCUGCCCUUUGCACGAAUGAAACCCCCAGUAAAACCUUUCUUGAAAGAGACUCACAAACCAGCCGUUUUCAGCAAGACCGGUGACACCAUUCUCUCCCAGCCUGGCCCAGUGAGAGUGAACACUAAUGUAUCAGUAUGGAGAGGUGCCCGCUCCACAGGACCAAAUAACGCCAAGGAAAAUGGGAUCACAGAACCCCAGCCCAUGAAAGAGAUGAGCAAAGGCAGCCACAUCCCAGUCCGUGUGCAAGCUGAAGAUACAAUACUCAGGCAGCGUGAGAAGCCGUUCGGCGUUCCAUCCGUGUUCACAACAGCAGAAAAGCAGGAAGCGAAGAAGCCAGUGGAUGUGGACCUGUCCGAUGAGGUUGCGACUCGGCUGAACAUAGUAGAGUCUGUAUUUCCCUCAUGUUCGACCAUCAAGGCUGUGCAGCCAGCUCACGACAGCUGUUUCGGGCAGGAGGAGUUCCCUAGGCUGACCAAGGAAAUGCAACAGGAUGUGAGUUGGGCUCUGGAGCAGCGUGACCCCAAUUUGGUUCUUAGCAGUGCAUUUAAACUCAGAAUCACCCAGAGGGACCUGGCCACUCUGCAGGAAGGCAGUUGGCUUAAUGAUGAGAUAAUCAACUUCUACAUGAACCUGUUAAUGUGCCGCAGUGAGCAGGAAAAUGGUAGAAAAGUUUAUGCCUUCAGCACGUUCUUCUUCCAAAAACUACAUGAAGGGGGUCAUGCUGCAGUACGUCGCUGGACGAAGGCUGUGGACCUCUUCCAGUAUGAGGUCAUCAUUGUGCCAUUACACCUGGGAGUCCACUGGUCUCUUGCUGUGAUGGACCUCAAAGCAAAGUCUGUGAAGUGUUAUGACUCUAUGGGCCAGAGACAUGAUGACAUCUGCAAACUUCUGCUACUAUAUUUGAAGGAGGAGUAUAAAACCAGGAAGAACAAAGACCUUGAUGUCUCCAAAUGGGUGGUAGCCAGCUUAAAAGCCAAGGAGAUUCCUCAGCAGAACAAUGGUAGUGACUGUGGAGUCUUCGCCUGUAAAUAUGCUGAUUAUAUCUCUCAGGGCAGGCCUUUAACUUUUACCCAGAGUCACAUGCCAUACUUCCGAAGGAAGAUGAUCUGGGAGAUCCUGAACAAGAGGCUGUUGUGAGGAGCUAUCUCCAUGGAAACUGCCUCUGGCAAAGUGUCAGUUGUGACACCAUUUAAAGUGACCAAAGCUCUGCCAGACUGGCUGCUCGCUUAUUGUCCUCUUUAAAAUUGCACAUGGACUUUGUCAGCAUUUGGCAGUUCAUAAGCUAUCAUUUAUUUUGUGAGGUUAAGUUUGUUGCAAGUUUUAAUAAAUUUAGCCAUCAUUAUACAGUUUGGGUUCUUCUGGAGGUGACAGGAAUCGUGUAAGGAUGUAUGAAACAGAUGGAGCGUAUGAUUUUCUACUCCUACACUGGACAUUGGGUUUGUAUGCCCUUGUCAAGCAACAGCUUGAAGUCUUUGCACAGUUUGCUUUUCCCCCAUCAAAGUUCCCAAAUGUGAAAUAAAUUAAUGGCAUUGUGCUGUAUAAUGGUACCUGACAUACUAGGACAAAUGCACUCUACAGCCCUGGACAUUUGAAAAUGCUUUUGGUUAAGCUCUUAGGCAGUAGAAAUGAAUCUUUGUGGUUUGUCCCAUUCUUGGGUUAAUGUGCCUUAACUUAACUGCACAUAGAUAUCUACAUGUAUAUAGUUUAUUUUUCAGUACUGUGUGGUUGUAGUUAUUACUCUGAAAUGAAACACUUUUUUGUAUCUGUCUCAAUGUGGAUAUAGAUGCCUCCUGAUUACCAACACAGUAUGUUAGUCUGAACAGACCUAUGUGUUCAAACUGUCCUUUUUGCCCUUUGCUACGGCUGCAUGUCAGUAGAGCUCUGUUCAUCAUCUUUCUGGAGUUCUUGAUUAUGUGCAAUUAACAGCAGUCAACAGUUAGUUGACAAUUGAUCUUUUUUUCCUUGGAAGUAGUAAAUUAUUUAUUUUAUAUUUUUUUGAAUAUUGUGUUUUACAUUUAAUUUCAUUUCACCUAACAUUGAGCAGUUCAGCCUGCCGUUAUGUUGUCAGCAACCUAUGGAUGUGUGCAAGAAUGUCAUUAAACUUUAAGUUAUUUUUAUACAAAUACAUUCAUACUUUGUUACAUAAAUUCUGCAUUUGUCCAUCUCUGCUGUAAUUUGAUUUGACUGAGAAAUUGCAAUAAAUGCCAUGAAGCAAUCA